AUGUCUUCGAGACGCAAGGGUCGUGAAGAGGCAUUGGCCCAGCUCAGUGAAGCGCGCAGCCGUGGUGACAACGUGGACAUUGCGGACCUACGCUACCGAACAACGAUCGGUACCCUAAUGGCAGUCAAGCGCAAAGUUCGUGUUCCUCCCCACGAGAGUGGCAUAUUCAACUACGACAAGUUCAAGGAGAGAAGGUAUCAGGAGAAGCGCGGCGUCCGCCUAGAGUUCAACAGCCCUCCGAACUACCCUUACGGCUGCGAACCUGACUGCGAGACCUGCUUCACGCAGCACUUCCCAGCGAGAAUCAGCGUCUCGGACAGUGAGGCACUCAAGGCCAUCACUGGUUUGACUUCAAGCAUCAAUUCUGACCUCGAAUUCCUCCACCAAGCCUUACGAAUGCACGCAGAUUUCCUGGUGAGCCGGUGGAAGAAGAAGUCCCAGGCCAAGCGUCUCGAUUUCCUGAACAGCCUUUCCCAAGGCACAAAGAAAUCCUCAGGGUUCCUUCAGCCGCGUGGUGAUGGCAUCAGCCUCCACGAGAAGAAAUGGGCGGCGAUUCAUUUAAUAUCUGACCGCACUCGUGAGACACCUCAAAUCGACCCGAAGCAGCUGCUGAAAGGCUCCGAAUUUGCCAAAGACCCUUAUGCCCAUGCCGCCACCCCACACUUCUUAAGAGCUCUCAAUUGCAUGGAGGUUGCGGAUCAGAUGAUGAGGUAUCAGACGAGUUGGCUGCUCCCAUAUCUGGACGAGGAAACGCUGGCCGGCGAUCCGCUCGUAUUGCUGAGCUUGCUGCACUAUCGGACUGGCCACACACCGGUAGGUCUUCUCACAAGCUACGACUAG